GUUCACUCCAUGUGCCCCGUAGGAAUUCUCGAGACCUUGUCAUAGGAUCGCUGUUGAUGUUAGAUGCCAAGACAGCUAUGGAGGGAGACCUGGACUAUUUCGAGAGUGCGUGUCAAUAUCAGUGUUCGGAAUACGCUCCAAAUCCACCUGCCUGUGUGUACUUCCGGACUCCGCCGACUCCUGUUCUCAGGUCGUGCUGCGGUGAUUUAAAGGAACAGGAUGACACGGAUUUCAGUCCUUACCCUUACCAGGGUUCGACAAAUCCCAGCUGUGACUAUAUUCCACAGCCUAACUACUUCGACGCCGGGUAUGGGGAUAAUCUCCAGCUUCAGGGCCACUACCCGUUCCCCUGGAUGAAGAACACCAAAUCACAUACUUAUACUUGGAGAAAUCAAUGGGGAGGAAACAACUUUCCGCUGGACGCCGAGGAAUGCAAGCGGACCCGAACGGCCUACACCAGAGGCCAGCUUCUGGAGCUGGAGAAGGAGUUCCAUUUUAACAAGUACAUCUCCAGACCCCGGCGCAUUGAACUCGCGGCAAUGCUGAACCUCACCGAGAGGCACAUCAAAAUCUGGUUCCAAAACAGAAGGAUGAAAUGGAAGAAGGAAGAGGCGAAAAGACAGAUCAAGACCAACUUGAGCAAAGCAGAAGCGGCGCUGCGCGAUAAGUCUUCGGGAGAUGCCAGGGCAGGGAAUCACUCGGGGGCUUCCUUCAUCAAGGACAAUGAUUUUUCUCUGACUAGGGUCAAUAGCGAUGUUGAACAUCUACUAAUCACAUAGAAUGUGAAGCUAACAUGUUCCCUUAGAAAUGUGUCAACUGAUAAGUUUUUAAUCAUUCACAGGCUGUAAAGGAUUUAUCGCCCAUCCCGAAUCAUCUGAGGCUGGGAAAUAUUGUAGCAUAUUUUAUAAUCUAUGAAACAAGGCCGCAUGUAAACCAUUUAAAUAUUUAAUAUAUUGUUAAAAAUUGAACUAGUUGUUUGAUCACAGAAUGCGAUUUAUUUAAAUAUCUAACAGCA